GCUGCAUUCUGCAUUUCCCUGAAGUAUUCCAUGACUUCCAUUCCUUGCAAACUUUAUCAUCUUUUGUUGCAGUGAGUCAGAAAUCAAUAUGCAGAGCAAGGGUACAAUCAUAAGCAUCCAAUUUCUCUUGCGGUUUCUUCUGCUCUGGGUGCUCAUUGGGAAGUCACACACGGAAGAAGACAUCAUAAUUACAACCAAGAAUGGAAAAGUCAGAGGGAUGAACUUGCCAGUUCUUGAUGGCACAGUGACAGCCUUUCUGGGAAUUCCCUAUGCACAGCCACCUCUUGGUAGACUUCGAUUCAAAAAGCCACAAUUCUUGACCAAGUGGUCCGAUAUUUGGAAUGCCACAAAAUAUGCAAAUUCUUGCUAUCAGAAUGCAGAUCAAAGUUUCCCAGGCUUCCCUGGAUCAGAGAUGUGGAACCCAAACACUGAUCUCAGUGAAGACUGUUUAUACCUGAAUGUGUGGAUUCCAACACCUAAACCAAAAAAUGCUACUGUAAUGAUAUGGAUCUAUGGUGGUGGUUUUCAAACCGGAACAUCAUCUUUACCUGUUUAUGAUGGCAAGUUUCUGGCUCGGGUUGAAAGAGUUAUUGUAGUUUCAAUGAACUAUAGGGUGGGUGCCCUAGGAUUCUUAGCUUUACCAGGAAAUCCUGAGGUACCAGGGAACAUGGGCUUAUUUGAUCAACAGUUGGCACUACAGUGGGUCCAAAAAAAUAUAGCAGCCUUUGGUGGAAAUCCUAAAAGCGUAACUCUCUUUGGAGAAAGUGCAGGGGCGGGUUCAGUUAGCCUUCAUUUACUUUCUCCUAGAAGCCAGCCAUUGUUUACCAGAGCCAUUCUGCAAAGUGGAUCCUCUAAUGCCCCUUGGGCAGUAAUGUCUCUGGAUGAAGCCAAGAACAGAACACUGACCUUAGCUAAAUUUAUUGGUUGCUCUAAAGAAAAUGACACAGAGAUAAUCAAAUGCCUUCGAAACAAAGAUCCCCAGGAAAUUCUACUGAAUGAACUAUUGGUUGUCCCCUCUGAUACUCUUUUAUCUGUAAACUUUGGUCCAGUCGUGGAUGGUGAUUUUCUCACUGAUAUGCCAGACACACUACUCCAACUUGGACAGUUCAAAAAAACCCAGAUCUUGGUGGGUGUUAAUAAAGAUGAAGGGACAGCAUUUUUAGUAUAUGGUGCUCCUGGUUUCAGCAAAGAUAAUGACAGUAUCAUAACUAGAAAAGAAUUUCAAGAAGGUUUAAAAAUAUAUUUUCCAGGAGUGAGUGAAUUUGGAAGGGAAGCGAUUCUUUUUUAUUAUGUGGACUUGUUAGAUGAUCAGAGAGCUGAAAAGUACCGUGAGGCCUUGGAUGAUGUUCUUGGAGAUUACAAUAUCAUAUGCCCUGCAUUGGAGUUCACCACAAAAUUCUCAGAAUUGGGAAAUAAUGCCUUUUUCUACUAUUUUGAACACCGAUCUUCCCAACUUCCUUGGCCAGAAUGGAUGGGAGUGAUGCAUGGUUAUGAAAUUGAGUUUGUCUUUGGUUUGCCUCUGGAAAGAAGAGUUAACUACACAAGAGCUGAGGAAAUUUUGAGCAGAUCCAUCAUGAACUACUGGGCAAAUUUUGCAAAAUAUGGAAAUCCAAAUGGAACCCAGAACAACAGCACACGAUGGCCUGCCUUCAGAAGCACCGAUCAAAAAUAUUUAACCUUGAAUGCAGAGUCACCAAAAAUACACACUAAACUACGUGCUCAACAAUGCCGAUUCUGGACACUAUUUUUUCCCAAAGUCUUGGAAAUGACAGGAAAUAUUGAUGAAGCAGAACGAGAAUGGAGAGCAGGAUUCUAUCGCUGGAACAAUUACAUGAUGGACUGGAAAAAUCAAUUUAAUGAUUAUACUAGCAAGAAAGAAAGCUGUGCAGGUCUCUAAUUAAUAGAUUUACCCUUUAUAGAAUGUUCAUUUUC